CGAAGAGCUUGCGUGGGCGUCGAAACAUCUCAAAAACGCGAUGGGCUACAUGAAAGAUCUGGAAUGUUUCGACCCGCGAGAUAAGAUCUUUGUGAUGCUGAAUUUGCCAGUUUUCAGAGCAUUUGGCUCGUCGUUUGACAUGCAAGCCCCGUACUCACUCGCUGCCGAGGAUAUCUUCAUGUUAUUUCUCUCGUAUUUGGAUGAGUUUUGCCUUAAGGCGAGCUACCCAUGGGACGACGAGGAAUGCGCAGAUACGGUCCAUCGCCUCGCACAGAUUCUCUGCAUACGGAUCGCAAGCGAUACAUUCUGCUCGUGGCUUCACAAGAACACCUCGGCGAGUACAGAGGACGGCUUUAUUCGUCUGAACCUGACAGAUGGCAGACGCAUUUGUUGCUCAGGACGGAUCCUUCACGAUUUCGUGCAUCGAGGCCCAAUUUAUCAGCGCGUCCUGCAAGGUCCUCCAUUUUGCUAUGGCAACUUUGCUAACGAUGACUUGUUUAGUGACUAUAGUAGCGAUCCCGAAAGCGAUAACCUCAAUUGAUCUGUAUACGCUGUCUUUUACCGCAUGGCAGACUGUCCGACCUUGAUUGGGUAUAUAAGGGAUAGAGCUACCUUGUAUGGUAAGCUGAUAUAGAAUGCCGGGGCGAUUUGCAUCGCAGCUCCGACGUUUGUGGCUUCGUAUUGAACCAAGGCUUGGCAAAGGCGUUCCUCCGGCUACUCGGCUAUUGUAUCUACGAGCUUCGCAGC